AUGCGCGCUACCGGAGAUGACUGGGCAUUGCAAGCCAAUUUGCAGUUGUGUGGCUCUGUAUCACCCCCCACGUACGCGGAUCUGCGUACAGCUGCGCAUCUUCAAACAUUCGACGUGUGCGAUGGCAGCGCAGUGCUCUGGGGCGAUAAUGGUAAGCUCUUUUUGGUCAACCUGUUCCACCAGAGCCAAGUUAAGCAGACGCCGUCCAAGCCAAAGAAGAAGGAGCUGUUGCAACAUGUGACACUGAAUCCACCACUACAACCACAUGAGGUCGUAGAAGUCGAGCAGAUUAAGCUCAAUACCAGUGGCUCGCAAGUGCUGCUGCUGGCCAAGAGCUGGCUUAAGGUACUGCGUCUUCCUAUGGAGACCACAUGCAAACUACAAAGGAUGCAGCACAGAAUGACGGAUGAAAAUAUCCAGAGAUUCCUUGUAAGAUUCGAGGACGGUAGCGAGCAGGACGUCAUACUGAAGGAAAAGGAGCUUCGUGACCCAGACGACGUGCUGGAACAGGUCAAGCGACACGCUGCUCCGGGCAAGCGCGUAACGUUUGUGUCGCAGGAACAGUGUGUAGCAGCAGUGAGAUCUAUUGGAUACUUUUCCAAUGUACGUCACGCGGCAUGGCAUCCGUUGAGCGACACACAUGUCGUCGUGCUCUCAGAUGCAGAGGAGAUCGAGGUGUUUAGUACACAGCAGGACGUGUCCAAACCUGAGCAACGUCACCGUCUAGAUAUCCCCUCCAAGGCUCGUGCGAUUAAAGCUGUCUCUGUGUGCUUCUGCUUUGGUGCUUCGAUCCAACUGCAGCAGCAUCAAGCAGUGCAAAUACACGCUGCGCAGAUCUGGGAUGCGUUCACAUGCUACGUGCUACGGUCGGAUGGUACUGUGUACGCAUUGUGCCCAUUGGUGCCGUAUGGUUGCUAUGCUAGCAAAACAUUCCUUCAGCUUUUGAGCAGCGAAGUGAAUGCGCAGAUUGCUAUUUGCAAGCAGAAAAUCGAGGCCACCGGCAGUGGACUGCAAUCCCGUCUUCUAGAAUUAAUGUCACAAAAGUAUUGGCUGCAGGAAGGUUGGGCACAGGCAUCCUCAAUAUCGCGACAUGAUGUCCUUAGCUUUGGUGGGCGAUUACAACCUCCUUCGGCAGAAAAUGACAAAUCAAACCUGGAUACGUUCUGCUAUCUCAGCCCUCAUGUGAGUGGCAUUUCGCCAGAUACGUGGCCGCUUGCUCUACAAGGACCGGUUGACGUGACUCCCCAGUCGGUUGUGGAGGGUAAAAACCAAAUAUCUGGAGGAUCUUCUGCGACGUCACUGCUUGUGGUGCCGCAUGCUUCGCGCAACUCUGCGGAGAACCGCUCGAUUAGCGCAUCACCCUUCCUGAUGCGUACCUUUACAUCAGGUCACCUCGAGCUGAUUCUACUUGACGCUCCUAUACGACCGCAUUGGAUAAGUCAUCGCCAGCCAGUACCUCCAGUCGCUGCGCACAAACUGUCGGCAUUGCUGGUGGAGUGUCUCAAUCUUGGCAUUGAUGAUUCUGGUGGCAAGGCUGUGCUGGAGCGAGACGCUACUGACCCACAGCUAGUCUAUUGCCUACACUCAACAGGGGUGCAUGUUAUUAACGUUGGCUGGGUAAUUGCGCUUGCCUUGGGCAAACAGUUUACCACGCUGCCGAAGAGCUCCGUUCGCCACAUCUUCAGUGUAUCGCCAAACAGCCUUAGUCCUUCUUCGGCUGCCCCAAUUGCGCCCGAUACUGUAAUUUCGAAUGUCGUCGGUGUACGCGUCGUGAAGAAUGUGAACUUUGGGCACUUGCUGCUGCUACGCCUCGCGUCUGGUAAUUUUGAAGUUGUGAACGUUAGUGCCGCGUCCAGUGAGUUACUCAAGGGAGUACUCAUGGACAGCAGUAAUGAUAAACCUUCCAGUGAUUUACAGAAGAUGCUGCCCGCCACUUUAGCGUCCAUGGCGUCUUCAAAGUCGCGAGCCCUAGUGACGGCAUACAGUAGAAAUUUGACUGAGGGUGGGAUCCGGCCAUUUGGAGAUAUCGUCGAGGAGAAGUUGGAAGCUCUCCGUGCGCGUGGAACCAGAGUGACCGGCAACACGUUGAUGCACGAAGUGGACGACGCUGUGCUUGCAUUUGUGCUGGAGCGAGUAAAAAUUUUGUACGAGGACGUGGAGUACAUCGACGAGAUUGGCCAGCUCAUGCAUGACCGACUUCAAUUACAUGCUACAAUGACAAAAGCGCAUGCCGAGAAGGUGCUACUUGUGCAGAAGAACGCGGAUGACGCUAGUGCUUCAAUGAAGAAAUUGCAGGAGAAAAUGGGACGCGCUCUAGCAGUGCAACAGAACCUCAGUAAACGCGCGGCAGCUGUGCUCCAGGCAGUGAAGGAAAAUCAACCACAUCUAUCGCGUGCUGAGCGCGAGUUUAUGACUGAAUUAGAGCUCAUGGCUAUCGAGGUACGUCGCAUGAAGUCUCGGGUUGCGGAGCUGACAGUACAAGGCCAGUGCGCAGCGCGAUCCUUGGAGAGCUCGGCUCUUUUGGCAUCUUCCUCGAAUAGGUAUUGGAGUUCUCUCAGUCGCACAGGGCCCUCGUCGGUGUUGUCGACAGAGAAGAAAAAAAUGUGCUUUGAAGUGCUGCGCGCUGAGACACAGCUGAUUGACGAUACGAAGGUGUUGCUGGAAGAUUUGAGCGCAAACCUGCAGCAAAUGUCUAAGUAA